CUCCUGCUCAGGCCCAAAUCAUCCAUGCUGGGCAGGCGUGCGUGGUGAAGGAAGACAACAUAAGUGAACGCGUUUACACAAUUCGGGAGGGGGACACGCUGGUCCUGCAGUGUCUGGUCACAGGACACCCUCGGCCACAGGUGAGAUGGACCAAAACCGCUGGCAGCGCAUCGGACAAAUUCCAAGAGACGUCAGUGCUUAACGAGACCCUUCGGAUUGAGAAGAUCCAAAGGCUGCAGGGGGGCCGCUAUUACUGUAAAGCAGAAAAUGGGGUUGGGGUCCCUGCCAUCAAGUCCAUUCGAGUAGAUGUGCAGUAUCUAGAUGAACCUGUUCUCACCAUUCAUCAGACCAUCAGUGAUGUACGUGGCAGCUUCUACCAGGAGAAGACUGUCUUCCUCCGCUGCACUGUCAAUUCCAACCCACCAGCUCGCUUCAUCUGGAAACGGGGAGCUGAGACACUUUCCCACAGUCAGGACAAUGGCGUGGACAUCUAUGAACCCCUCUACACACAGGGCGAAACCAAAGUCCUGAAGCUGAAGAACCUGCGGCCCCAGGAUUACGCCAGCUACACGUGCCAGGUGUCCGUCCGCAAUGUCUGCAGCAUCCCUGACAAAUCCAUCACCUUCCAGCUCACAAACACCACAGCCCCACCUGCUCUGAAGUUGUCUGUCAAUGAGACACUGGUGGUCAACCCUGGUGACAACAUCACUAUGCAGUGCUCUCUGACGGGCGGUGACCCACUGCCAGAGGUGGUUUGGUCUCACUCUCCUGGCCCAAUGCCUCCCAACAGCCUUGUGCAAGGAGGCAACCUCACUCUCUGGAGGAUCCGUGUGGAGGACUCGGGCUACUACAAUUGCACAGCCAUCAACAACGUGGGGAACCCAGCAAAGAAGAUGGUGAACCUGCUGGUGCGGUCCAUGAAGAAUGCCACGUUUCAAAUCACCCCUGAUGUGAUCAAAGAGAGUGAGACCAUCCAGUUAGGGCAGGACUUGAAGCUCUCGUGCCAUGUGGAUGCUAUACCCCAGGAGAAAGUUGUCUAUUCCUGGUACAAGAAUGGGAAACCAGCUAGGUUCUCAGAUCGGUUGCUCAUCACCAGGAAUGACCCUGAACUCCCACCUGUGACCUGCAGCUUGGAGAUUAUUGACCUGAGGUUCAGUGACUACGGCACCUACCUGUGCGUGGCUACCUUCCAGGGAGCACACAUUCCUGACCUCAGUGUGGAGGUGAACAUCUCCUCAGAGACAGUGCCACCAACCAUCAGUGUCCCUAAGGGUCAGUCCACAAUCACCGUCCGGGAGGGCUCCCGGGCUGAGCUGCAGUGCGAGGUUCGAGGGAAGCCCAAGCCACCUAUCAUCUGGUCCCGGGUAGAUAAGGAAACCCCCAUGCCUUCAGGGACAAUGACGAUGGAGACAUACGAUGGGAAGCUGCGCCUGGAGAGUGUGAGCCGAGAAAUGAGUGGAACCUAUAAGUGUCAGACAGCCAGGUACAAUGGCUUUAACAUCAGACCCCGGGAAGCCCUGGUGCAGCUCAACGUGCAGUUCCCCCCCGUGGUGGAGCCGGCCUUCCAGGACAUGCGCCAGGGCAUGGGGCGCAGCGUCACCCUGCGCUGCACCAUGCUGAAGGGCAGCCCCAUGAAGGUGGCCACCUCCGUCUGGCGCUUCAACGGGACCCUUCUGGCGCAGCCCCUGGCAGAGCAGCAGGACUACUCGGAGCUGAAGGUGGACAGCGUGAGCCGGGAGACCAGCGGUAGCUAUGAGUGCAGCAUUUCCAAUGACGUGGGGGUCUCCACCUGCCUCUUCCAGGUGUCUGCCAAAGCUUACAGCCCAGAGUUUUACUAUGACACUCCCAACCCCACCUUGAGCCAGAAGCAAUCCAAGAAUUACUCUUACGUCUUGCAGUGGACACAGAAGGAGCCCGAUGCUGUGGAUCCCAUCCUGAAGUACCGACUGGAAGUCCGGCAGCUGGCUCAGAGAAACACUAUCCAAACCUUCAUUCCCGUGAAGAAAAUGGAGAAGGGCCUGUUGCUGGAGCACAUCUUGCCCAACCUGAAAGUUCCUCAGAGCUAUGAAGUUCGCCUGACACCCAUCACCAGCUUUGGGGCUGGAGAUAUGGCUGCCCGCAUCAUCCGGUACAUGGAACCAAUCAACUAUCCCAACCCAACAG